AUGGAAUUUGGGAUUAAUAAGGAUGGGGUAUUGUGUUUCGGCGGUCAGAUUUGUGUACCGAAUGAUGAGGACUUGAGACAGUCGAUUCUAAGGGAGGCACGUAGUAGCCUUUAUGCUAUACAUCCCAACGAAAAUAAAAUGUAUCGAGAUCUGUGGUAUGUGUACUGGUGGCCAGGGUUGAAGAGUGAGGUUACUGACUUUAUUGGCUGCUGUUUGACUUGCCAGCAAGUUAAGGCUGAGCAUCAGUUACCUUCGAGUUUACUGCAGCCGAUUAAGAUACCGAUUCAGGAUAGGCUUUUCUCUACAAAAGUUGGCCAAGCUCUAUAUUUCAGAAAUAGUGAGGUUGCAUGGGAUAUGCUUUCUGAAACUAAGGACAAGGUCUGUUUGAUUCAAGAUCGACUGAAAGCGACUUCUGAUAGUCACAAUGGCAAGUUGAGCCCUCGGUUUAUUGGGCCGUAUAGAAUUUUGAGACGAGUGGGACCAGUUGCAUAUCAGUUAGAGCUACCUGUAGAGUUAGAUAGCAUUCAUGAUGUUCUCCAUGUCUUUAUGUUGAGACGCUACCGCUCUGAUCCCACACAUAUUGUUCCAAUUGAAGAGAUUGAGGUUCGACCAGACUUGACUUUUGAGGAGGAGCCGAUUCAGAUUCUGGAUUGUGAUGUAAAGGUUCUAAGGAGGAAGUCUAUCCCACUGGUUAAGGUUAAUGGUAUAACCAUAGCACUGAGGAGGCUACGUGGGAGCCGGAGGAUGAGAUGCGACAGUAGCAUCCUCAUCUAUUCUGAUCAGGUAGCUCAUAAGAGCCAUAUUCGAGAUGUUCACAAAGAACCACAUCAGGAAGUUCACAAAGAACCAUAUCGGGAAGUCCGAAUAGCCAAUAUCGGGAAGUUCAUGGAGCACUAUCGGAAAGCUUACAAAGAGCGAAUUAACGGAAAUCUCACGAAAAGCCUUUAA